AUGUCAUAUUUGAUUUUUUCAAUAAAAUCAUAAUAUUUGCUGAUUAUUAGACAAAAUAACAAUUUCUAGUAAAUAUUAAUCCAAAAUAAUAAUAUUAUAUACACUUUUGGAAACUUAAUUACUUCUAUAAAUAUAAAUACAAGAUAAAAUAACCAAUUAAAACUAGAUAACACAAAUAUUACUUAUAUGGUGAAGUUAAGUUCUAAUUAAACUAAAUAAUUAGAUGAUAUUUAUGAAAAUAUUAACUAAUCAAAUUAUAAUGAUAAUACAAAUGAAAGCUUAAUUUUUAUAGUAAAAAAUGAAGAAUAAACUAUAUAUAUAAUUGAUGCUUCUUAACUUAUUGUGAUUAAUUUUGCUAAACUAGAUUACUAAAUUAUUAAUGUUGUUGUUGAUUGGAAAAGGAGAAUUAUUUUCUGUGUUUCAAAUAUAUCAUUUACUUUUAUUUAUGAUUUUGGUUUAAAAUUACUAUCUUAGAUUAAGAACCCUUGCCUUGUAAGUGCUAGAAUAUUUUUCGAUGAUCAAUUAAUUAUCUCAGUUUGUCCUAAUUCAGUUUAUUUUUAUAAUUCGCUCACUUUAGUUAAAUAAGAAUACCAGAUUAAUACAGGGUUUACUAGUAUUGAAUAUAUUAAAUCGUUUAACUCAUAAAAUACAUUUAUCUUAUUAGAAUAAUACUCAAUUUACAUUGUACAAAUUUAAUAAAGUAAUGUUUAAAUUUUGUUUUAGAAAAAUAAAUAAAGAAUCUAUAUUUAAAGUGCAAGUAUAAUUUUUGAUGAAAACAAUUAAAAAUAUUUCUAAAUAGAAGGAAUAUCAUGGACCGAUAUCAUAUAUUAUUUAAUUCCUUAUUAACCUUAAAAUAUAUGUACAUAUAAUUUAGGUUUGGAAAAUCAAAAUAUGAAUUCUUAUUAAAUUCAAAAAAUAUAAUAAAAUGCCAAAUUUUCAAAUCAAAUAGUAGCAUAAGUGUAAAUUCAAUUAUAAAAUAAUACCUAAAUAACCAAAUUUAUGGAUUUACAAUAGUAAGAUAUUAAAAUAUAAGUUGUAUUUUAUACAUAUAAUUACAAUACAUUAAUAUGGAAUGAUGGAAGUAUUGUUGACGAUCCGAAUAUAAGCUAGCUAGUAAUUCAUGAUGCCUUGCUAAAUGUUACAGAUAAAAUUAUAUUGAACUAAAAUAAUAAUAUUGAGGAAUUACUUUUAUACAAUGUAGUUUUAAUUGGCAUAUAAAAUUAAAUUUUUUUAGAAAAUAUUCAAAAAUCAAAUUAUAUUCAAAAAUAUCAACAUAAAUUAUGUUAACUUAAAUAACUAAACAUUAUUCCAAUUUGA